ACACAUGGUAAACAACCCUCAAAGUUCAAUGCUAGGGAGACUGAAGUGUUAAGAACUUCGCUUCUAUUUUGUUUCGCAGCAAAGAGUGUGUGUCUUUUUGAGACACUGACCGAAAAACAACAGGAAAGUAAACGACGCGGCGGGAGAACACAGAGAAGACAAAACAUGUCGAAUUUUGCUCCCUAUCAAGGGACCGCACGGAGGUCUCCAGAUGAGGCCAGGGGAGAGAGAUCACAGGACUGGGAGCUAUCAGGGAGCGACUUCGGCGAGUUAGACUCCCAAGGGAUAUUCAGAGACAACUCGUUCUCUCAGAUGAACAAAAUGCCCGAUGAGGACAAGCACAAAAGAGCCACCGAGGCACCGCAGAUUCACCUCCAACCUUACUUACUCCAUCCCCGCAUGUCGGGGCGGAUGUCGGUGUACAGCAGUGGAGUUCGCCCUGUCCUCACUCUCGCCUACAUCCAAGGACGCGUCUAUAACUUUUUGGAAAGACCGUCCGGCUGGAAGUGUUUCGUUUAUCACUUCAUUGUGUUUCUCAUAGUUCUUGCUUGCGUGAUUCUCAGUGUCCUCUCAACCAUCAGAGAGUAUGAGGCCCUGACUCAUCGGACUCUCUACUGGGUGGAAAUAUUCCUCGUGGUUUUCUUCGGUGUGGAGUAUAUUGUCCGGCUAUGGUCUGCAGGUUGCCGCAGUAAAUAUGUUGGCUUCUGGGGCCGACUGCGAUUUGCCAGGAAACCAAUAUCUAUUAUAGAUUUGGUUGUUGUGGUUUCCUCAAUACUCGUGCUAACACUUGGUGCCAAAGGACAGGUGUUUGCUACCUCUGCAGUGAGGGGGAUUCGCUUCCUGCAGAUCCUGCGUAUGCUCCAUGUAGACCGCCAGGGGGGAACAUGGCGUCUCCUGGGUUCUGUUGUCUACAUGCAUCGACAGGAGCUGAUCACAACCCUAUACAUUGGCUUUCUGAGCCUGAUCUUCGCUUCCUACAUUGUCUACCUGGCAGAACAAGAUAAUGACACCUUUGGAAACUAUGCCGAUGCCAUGUGGUGGGGAGUGAUAACAGUAACUACCAUUGGGUAUGGAGACGUCAUCCCUCAGUCGUGGGUUGGAAAGACCAUCGCAUCAUUCUUCUCAGUCUUUGCCAUUUCCUUCUUUGCACUUCCUGCGGGAAUUUUAGGCUCAGGCUUUGCACUGAAAGUGCAACAGAAACAAAGACAGAAGCAUUUCAACAGACAAAUCCCUGCUGCUGCAAGUCUCAUUCAGACAUCAUGGAGAUGUUUUGCUGUGGCAAACAGCGAUUCUGCCACAUUUAAGAUGUUCUUGAAAAAGAGAUCCAGCACCCCGAAAUCCUCACUUUCGGCCCCAAAAGCUAAGACAUCGGUGAAGAUGAGAAAGAAGCUGAAGAGCACCAACAAGGACAUAAAUCCAAAUUUUCUCGCAGGUCCUAGUGUAACCUGUGACCCUGUCAUAGGCAGUAGGAUGGACCUGGGCUCGAAUAUAUACAGCCCUAUGGAUACAGAUCAACAGCCGUCUUUGUCUUCACUGCAGUUGAACUCACCACCAGCAGAGAAAAGAAGUCCUGGCCUUGUGGAUGUCCAUUGUCCCAGUGGCCUGCAAAGGAACUGCAGUUUUGCAGAUGACCUGGAGCAGGAGUCAGAGAGAGACAGUGCUCUGAAUGCAGCUACCUCUACAUCACAACUAACUGAGUCUCACAGACGGGCCAUCCGUGUGAUCCAGAGAAUGCGCUAUUAUGUGGCCAAAACCAAGUUUCAGCAAGCUCGAAAACCAUAUGAUGUUCGGGACGUGAUUGAGCAAUACUCCCAGGGUCACCUCAACCUCAUGGUGCGGAUCAAGGAGCUACAGAGAAGACUGGACCAGUCACUAGGGAAGACCACUGUGUUCCAGACAGGAGCAGAUCGUGCCAGAGACAAGGGAAACAACUCCAUUGGGUCCCGUCUCAGCAGGAUGGAGGACAAGAUCACACACAUGGAUCUGAUGCUGAACCGCAUUGCGAACUCCCUCACUUUUCUGCUGGAUCAGAGAGAUGGUAGUGGGGGUGAAGGUGGUGGGAGACUGAAGCCUGGACAGACCACCGAUGUCAUACCCAGCCAGGACAGCCUGCCAAGCUAUGAGCAGCUGUCGUUGUUGCCAUGUUCUUCUACCUACCCCAAUCCUCCCAUCACAUUGUCUGCCACGUCAGAGGAAAGCAACUAAAAUCUAUUACUACUGUCUCUAUCUAUCUGGCUAUCUAACCAUAACCAUAGUCAUACAGUAUGCCUUUCAAUCCAUGGUGAUACCAUUCCGUACGAUAUAAACAAGCAUAAUACUCUAAUAAUAUACAUAAGGAAAUAUGUGUUGUUGUAGAACAACACAACUAACACCUAUCUUAACAAUACCUAAUUAAAUGGUCCUCCUGUGUUUUGGGAUUAUUUCACCAGCAUGGGAAUAGAUAACAAUGGUAUCAGAUGAGCAGUGUAUUUUAUCUCGUUUUUGAAUGCACUAAAAAUGCCUUUUUAAUUCCAAUAUUAAAACAAGUUUAUUACAAUUAUAUAUUGUAAUCACAAUAUUAACUCCUCAUGAUUUGUAUUGAUGUACUCAUGAACAGUAAAUCAAUUAACAGCUAUCAAAUCUCUCCAUUGUUUGUAACAUGCCUUUAACAAAUAAUACAAAUACUGUUGCUAUGUCGCAAUGGCUUGCAGCAUUGAGCGCUGCAGAUGGGAACUGGGAUUACAUAAUCGCUUGCUUUUGCUGUUGAUUUAAGUACAGUCAAAUUUAGGAUUUCGCAAGCCCCAGUUCUCGUAUGAUUCAGUUUUCGUUGACAAUUUUGCCUUGGUUUUCAUACAAUAUUGCACGCAACAAACUAGUCCGUUUGUCCUCUACUGCAGUGAUCCCCAACACCCGGCCCAGUGUUUUUUUUUAUGUUUUAUUUUGAAAAGUGGCCGGAUUGUCUCUGUUACAUCCGUCCAACUUGACGCAUGUCCAUUGUUGUGCUAACUUUAUCUCAUGCCGCACAGAUAGACUACUACUGUAUUUUUACCAUUUUUCUUUCACCUCAUAUUUGGUCUCAAAUGCUGAUACUAUGUGGGAAUGCAUAAAGGUAAGUUUUGAUGACUUA